AUGGUCUGGGGACACCUGAGACCUGGUCGAUGGGAAGACUACGAGAAGUAUUAUCGAGAAAAUGUCUUCCCCUUGAAUGACACUAUUGACGGCCUAUUGGAGAGGUCAAUUCUGCGUGGCAUCGACGGUGAAGACGAAGCCAUCUCCGUUAGCCUCUGGAAUACUGAGGAGGACUUGCACUGGUAUGAGACCAGCAACCUUCGCAAGCAGUUCGCCGACGACAUCCAGACUAACUAUGCCACCAGUUGGAGCUACAUCACAGGCGAAUACUGGGUCCGGACGUUUCGAGUUGUGAACGUAACCAAGUACUAG